CCGGUACUGAACCUUGGGAUAAAAAGGAGCCUACCCAUUAAGUGCCGCCUCCUCAAGGCACUAGAGAGAGGAGCUGGCUUAGUAGGUUUGGUUUCCAACCGUGUCAAAGACCGCAGGCGGGAAAGGCGUCAGGCAUCAACACCGGUAUUACUUAUUGUUGGGCGCCGGCCGGGCAAGGGACGAGGAGGCGGAGAGCCGAGCGCCAGUCAGGGCAACCCGUCCAGAAAGGAGCAGCUUCGUCCCGAAGGAGAACAGCAGCAGUUUCUGGAAUGGUGCGAAGCGAAGGUUGCCGGUGAAGCAGCCGUCUCCUCAGCAGAGCGCGCCGAGUUUUGCCGGGCUUUGUGACAAGUCAAAGCGCGCUCUAAGCGAGGAAGCGAAGCCGGCGGUCCAGAGCGCCACUGAGGCUUGCGGAGCUCAUCCAUGGUCACCUGUAGAAAAAUCGGGGGGUUCUCCGUCUGGGACUAUGUGGUCUUCGGGAUCAUGCUGCUUAUCUCCGCGGCCAUCGGGGUGUAUUACGCCUUCGCGGGCGGUGGCCAAAGGAGCCGCGAAGCCUUCUUGAUGGGGGGCCGCAGCAUGUCAGCUUUUCCCGUGGCGCUCUCCUUAACGGCCAGCUUCAUGUCGGCCGUGACGGUACUAGGCACCCCCGCCGAAAUCUACCGCUUCGGGACCAUGUUUAGCCUCUUCGCCAUCGCCUACGCGUUGAUGGCGGUUACAAGCGCCGAGAUCUUUCUGCCAGUCUUCUACCGUCUGAAAAUCACCAGCACCUACGAGUACCUAGAAAUGCGGUUUAAUAAACAGCUGCGUCUGUGUGGAACAGGACUCUUUAUUAUACUGACGAUACUUUACACUGGAAUUGUCAUUUAUGCUCCAGCCUUAGCUUUAUAUCAAGUUACAGGAAUUGAUUUAUGGGGUGCAGUUGUUGGAACAGGAGUAGUCUGUACUUUCUACUGCACACUGGGUGGACUAAAAGCAGUGAUUUGGACAGAUGUUUUUCAAGCUGCAAUCAUGAUUGCUGGAUUUUUAUCUGUGAUUAUACGUGGUGUAAUAGUACAAGAGGGGUUUGGAAAUAUAAUAAAUGAUGCACAUGAUGGAAGAAGAUUACAAUUCUGGGACUUCAAUCCUAAUCCUUUGCAAAGGCAUACAUUCUGGACAAUUAUCUUAGGUGGGACUUUUACCUGGCUUGGUAUAUAUGCAGUCAAUCAGUCUCAAGUUCAGCGAUAUCUUUCCUGCAAAAACAGAUUUCAUGCAAAAUUAUCUCUUUAUUUAAACCUUGUGGGACUCUGGAUAAUUCUUGCGUGUGCAGUGUUAUCUGGAUUAGUAAUGUACUCUGUUUUUAAGGACUGUGACCCAUGGACAGCAAAAUGUGUGGCAGCACCAGACCAGCUCAUGCCUUAUCUGGUAUUGGAAAUUCUACAAGAGUUUCCAGGAAUGACAGGCCUUUUUGUUGCUUGUGCUUAUAGUGGAACUUUAAGUACAGUGUCCUCUAGCAUCAAUGCUUUAGCUGCUGUAACUGUAGAGGACCUCGUUAAACCUUAUUUCACGUUAACUGAAGUUAAAUUGUCUUGGAUUUCUAUGGGAAUGAGUUUAUUUUAUGGUGCUGUGUGCAUUGCUAUGGCUGCUUUGGCAUCAGUUCUAGGAGCAUUAUUACAGGCAGCAUUGACCAUUUUUGGCAUGAUUGGUGGGCCUCUGCUAGGACUCUUUUCCUUGGGAAUCCUUUUUCCAUUUGUCAACGCUAUAGGUGCAUUUAUAGGUCUCACCUGUGGAUUUUUUCUUACCCUUUGGAUUGGAAUUGGAUCUCAGAUUUACAAGCCACUGUCAUUAAGGACCCUGCCAUUAACUCUUUCAAUUUCAGGCUGUAAUAUAAGCAACCUAAGCACAGACGUUUAUGCAAUGACUUCCACAGAGCUGCCAGCUUUCACCAUUAGAAACAGUGAAAGACCCAUCCUGGCAGAUUCUUUGUAUUCCUUAUCCUAUCUGUAUUUAAGCCCAGUUGGAACUCUGGUUACAGUUGGUGUGGGAAUAGUCAUUAGCCUUUUGACAGGAGGACUUAAGCAGAACGUGGACAGAAAAUUAUUACUCAAAAAAGAGGAUCUUUUUUGUAAUUUCUCAGGUGGUAAAUUGAAACAAGAAGAAAAAGUUUUGAAUUGCACACCAUGCAAUGAAGGAACUGACAAUCCAGCCUUCAAUCAUAUUGAAAUGACGACAGACAGUAAAAAUGGAAAUGAUAGUUAUUUGUGAAAAUGUUGGAUACUUUGCUAAAGUUGGCAGCUAUUUCAAAUGUAUUAACAUGGAAUACAACUAAAAGUUUUGCUCAUGUGAAUACAUUAGAAAUUUCAUCUUAACCCAAACUUUUGCCCACCUAUAUUUUAACUUCAUUCUAUAUUGGCUGGAACAUUGUUAAAGAAUAUAUGAUGCAAAAAGUAACUGCAAAAAUAUAACUGGAAACAAUAAUAUAGCUAACAUUCUGAUUUCAGAAGAUAUGUGAAGCUCAUUUUGGAAAUUAAUACCUGUCACACCAUUGUGUGUAAAAUGAAAACUAUGUUAUGAAUAUUUUUUUAUUAUUUCAUUGGCUGUUGGCUAUAAUCUGUGUAUUUGAGAGUAAGAUCAAAUAACUCAAUGGGACUUUACUUCUGAGGAAAAAAAUACACACAAUUGCAUUGCCAUCUUUAUUUUCCAAAAGCUUCGUUUAUUUGUCUUUAGCAUCACCCAGAAUGUUACACAUUUCUUCAUGCCCUGAUUUUGCAUGUUAACAUGGAUAACUGCCCAUGUGUAGAUCUCAUGUGGAACUUUAUUCUCCUGGAUCCUUUAUGGUCAGGGUACUAAAAUCGUAGAAAGGCUAGGUAUAUUGAUGGUAAAGUAACAUUUCCCUAUUUCAAAUGUCUUCUUUACAGCAUCUAUCACAGUGCGGUAAAAGCGCUUAUGUUAUCAGGUUAAAACUAAAAACACAGCCCUGCAAUUCUUUCAAUUGAUUUUGCAUCCUGAUGCAAAUUUGUGAGAGAUGGUCCAGUGUGAAUUAGUCAAUAGAGAUUCAGAAUGUAAUCCUACAAGUUUAGUCAGAAAUAAGUCCUUUUAUAUUAAAAGAGAAAUGUUUUUAUUGCAAUCCCAAACUUCUUGGUGCUUCUCAGGUUGGCUAUGCCUUUUAAUUUAAAAUCUUAAAAACUUUUAAAACUUUUUUUUUUUACAAAAAACUGGAAAGCAGCAAAGCUACCAUCCUCCUUUUCUUUGCCAAAGAAUAGAUCUCACAACUCCAUAGACUCAGAACACUGAAGGAAAAAAAAAGUGGUACAAGUCAAAGAUUGGAGCUUUUGGCCUAAAAUUGGGAAAGGGAGUUUAAAAUUGCCAAUGAGAGUUUGAAAUUGCCAAUGAGAGUUUGGGAAUACAUAGUAUUUGUGUGAUGGAAUAAUGAGGUACAUGGCUGUGAAUCCCUGGAAGACUGAUUAUCUGUGUAUGUAAUAAAGACUAAAGGUUUGUGAGUUAACCAGAAGAAUAAGAAUAUUUUUUAAGGAAUGAUGCUGAGAGAGAGAGAAAGAAAGAAGUUUUAUCUCUUAACACUAUGUGUGUAUAUUUGGGAGAAAAAUUACUUGGGUAUGACCUGUCUAUGGAAAAUCAAUUAAUUAAUUUCAGAAUAAUGUAUUUAAAGUUAUUUUGGGAGCAGGAUAUCCUUUCUAUGAAAUAAGUCUUUUCUUAGAAAAUAAAACUAAGUUGAAAAAAAAAA